AUGUUCCCCCAUCUCCACACAGGAUCUCUGCAGUUCAGCCAGAACCAAGACAACACAGUUGAACCAUCCUGUAAAAAGCCAUACAAAUGUUUGGGGUGUGGCAGAAGCUUUACUCCGAACAGGUCUCUCGUGAUUCCUGGAAGGAACCAUACGGAGGAGAAACUCUACCACUGCUCCCAUUGUGACAAAAAAUUUAACAUGCAAACCAAUCUGGCGAUACACAAGAGGACUCACACCCCAGAGAAACAAUAUGAGUGUCUGGAUUGUGGGAAAAGUUUUCUGCAUAAUUCUAAGCUGGUGAUACAUCAGAGAACUCACACGGGAGAGAAACCAUAUGAGUGUCCAGAUUGUGGGAAAAGUUUCAGUCAGAAUUCCUACCUGGCGAGGCACCGGAGGACUCACACAGGAGAAAAACCAUAUGAGUGUCCGGAUUGUGGGAAAAGUUUCAGUCGGAAUUCCCACUUGGUGGAACACCAGAUGACUCACACAGGAGAGAAACCAUAUGAGUGUCCAGAUUGUGGGAAACGUUUCCAGCAGAAUUCCAAACUGGUGGUACACCAGAGGACACACACGGGAGAAAAACCAUAUGAGUGUCCGGACUGUGGGAAAAGUUUCAAGGAGAAUUCCAAGCUGGUGAUACACCAGAGGAGUCACACAGGAGAGAAGCCCUAUGAGUGUCCCGAUUGUGGGAAAAGUUUCACUCAGAAUUCCUACCUGGUGAUACAUCAGAGGAUUCAUACGGGAGAGAUACCAUUUGAGUGUCUGGAGUGUGGGAAACUUUUUAGUAGGAAUUCCAAAU